AUGGCUUUUUUUAUCCCCUUCAUCCUUCUCUUAUUUGCCACCUCUGCUGUGUCUUCCUUGGACUACAGGAAUGCCCUCUCCAUGAGCCUCCUCUACUUCGAGGCGCAGCGCUCCGGCCACCUCCCUUACCACCACCACCACCGCAUCCUUUGGCGCGGCCACUCUGGCCUUACCGACGGCCUCGAACAAGGAGUUGAUUUGGUCGGAGGAUACUACGACGCUGGCGAUCAUGUAAAGUUCGGCCUGCCCAUGGCUUUCACGAUAACCAUGCUGUCGUGGAGCGUGGCAGAGUACGUCGACCGCAUCACGGCAGCCGGAGAGUUGGAGCACGCGUUGCAGGCCAUCAAAUGGGGCACCGAUUACUUCAUCAAAGCUCACACUCAUCCCCACGUUCUUUGGGCUCAAGUGGGCAACAGCGGCAGCGACCACUACUGUUGGCAGCGGCCGGAGGACAUGACCACGUCGCGACAGGCCUACAAGGUGGACGAGGAGCGUCCCGGGUCUGAAGUUGCAGCGGAGACUGCAGCGGCCAUGGCGGCAGCGUCGAUAGUGUUCAGAGACGUCAACGCACAUUACUGUCACGUCUUGCUGCACCACGCCCAAGAGUUAUUCGAGUUCGCGGACAAGUAUAGAAGAAGGUACGACGAGAGCAUCGAGGCGGUGAGAGAUUACUAUCCGUCGAUGAGCGGGUACGGCGACGAGCUCCUGUGGGCGGCGCUGUGGCUCCACCGGGCGUCCGGAAGGGAGGAGUACUUGGACUACGUGAUCCGAAAUGCCGAGGAACUGAACGGAACGAGGUGGGCCAUUUCUGAGUUCAGCUGGGAUAUCAAAUAUGCUGGUGUUCAGAUUCUCGCUUCCAAGCUGUUGAUGGAAAAACGGCAGCUUAAUGAGGAUCAAGUGAGAGUGCUGGAGCAGUACAUGUCCAAAGCCCAGUACUACCUGUGCUCCUGCCUCAACAUGAACCAGGCUGGCGACAAUGUCUACCGCACCCCCGCCGGCCUUCUCUUUGUCCGCUACUGGAACAACAUGCAGUACGUCGCCGGCGCCGCUUUUCUCCUCGCAGUCUACUCUGACUACCUCGACGACGACGAGGCGUUGCAUUGCCCGAUGGGCCCGGUGAGCCGCGAGGAGCUUAUCGGCCUGACUAAGGCCCAGGCGGACUACUUGUUGGGGUCGAAUCCAGCGGGGGUAAGCUACCUGGUGGGCCACGGGUCGGAGUUUCCACGGCGGGUGCACCACCGGGCUGCAUCAAGCGUGGCGUACAAGGAGGAUAAGGCGUUCAUCGGGUGCGCACAGGGGUACGACGAUUGGUACGGCCGGCGGGGUCAGAACCCCAACGUGAUCGUCGGAGCAAUCGUUGGAGGGCCCGACAAAAUGGACGCAUUCAGUGACGAAAGAGGCAACUACAUGCAGACGGAGGCGUGCACGUACAACACCGCGCCCAUGGUGGGCGUGUUCGCCAGGCUAACUCCGCUGCGCUAGCCAACAGCGUGUUCCACUUAUGUUAUACUUU